AUGAAUGCAAGACCACCCAAGAGGUUCCAUUCAGGGAAUAUGGAACAAGGCUACUCUGCAACUGGACAUCACUCUCGAAUGGAACCACAUCCAUCAACCUCUCGCAAUGUUGAAAUUCCAUUUGGAGGGUUUUCCUUGGCUUCGAGGCACCAACAGGCUGGAGUGUCAUUGAGUCAUGGACAUUCUGGUGCAAAACUACGUGGACCAAUGACGAGAAAUCAAGUUUCUGGAGUCAAAUCGCAGACAUCGAGGUCGCCAAUCGUUCCCAUUUCACUGGGAGCAUUUUCCAUGACGGCAAAGGUUCCCAGUUUGAAAGAAAUCAAGAAUGUGAACGUUGGGGAAGGCCCAGUCGAAGGAGAAGCACUUCGAGGAGGAUCUGUGGCUAAUGGUGCAGUUGGAGGUGGAUCUGUGGGUAAGGGAGCAGUUGGAGGUGGAUCUGUGGGUAAGGGAGCAGUUGGAGGUGGAUUUGUGGGUAAGGGAGCAGUUGGAGGUGGAUCUGUGGGGAAGGAAGCAGUUGGAAGCGGAUCUGUGGGUAAGGCAGUAGUUGGAGGUGCAUCUGUGGGUAAGGGAGCAGUUGGAGGUGAAUCUGUAGAUAAGGGAGCCAUUGGAGGCGGUUCUGUGGCUAAGGGAGCAGUUGGAGGUGGAUCUGUGAGUUGCAGGAGCGGCAGCUGGUGCUGA